GUAUAUAGUUAAUUGAGACACAAUCCGAGUUAAUCGACAUUAGAAGAUUUAAUGUACUCUUAUGCAAAACACAUAAAAGAUGAAGUCCUCAGGUCUUCUGGGCAGGGCAUAAGGGAGAAGAGGAAGGGGGCAAAGCAUGGCAUGGGGCUACCGAGUCCCUCUGUGUCCCUUUGUUCUCUGGCAUUUGGAAUGUAGAGCCUUAGCGAACACUGGUCGCCUUGACUACCAGCAACUUGGAAAUAAAGGGAAGUCUCCCUGUGCGCCUGAGCCUCCACACUCCUGGAAAGAUCUGACCUCACCCAGUCAUGCCUCAUGGGCAGUUACCUGGGCAAGUCCAGCCCACCCCAGCCUGUCCCCUCGCAGGAGGGCAAGGACCAGCGGGAGACGCUUGACCGCCACCCACUCGGCCGCGCCCCGUUGCUGACGCCCCCUGGCCACCAGGUUCCCCGAGUUGACCCUUCUCCUGGCUGCCAGCCCUCCGGGAGGCCUGCCCAGCGGCAUGGUCAGACUUCCUUCAGUGGGUUUCAAAUAACGCCUCGCAGACGCUACCCGAUCCAGCAGCCCCGAUAUUCCCGUGUGGGUUGCCUACCGACCGUGUGCUGGAAUGGCAGCCCCAAGAAGCCUGUGCUGUCUGUUCGUAACUCCAAGAUGGUGUGUAGGUCGGGGACGGUGAGGGUCCCCCCUCUUGACCGCAGGCUGACUCGCCGCCCAGGACCUGGGCAGAUCAUCAGCUCCACCCAGCCCUCGCAGUCUGCUAAGUCUCCGGACCCCUGUGCCCCGCAGAGUGGUGCCACCGCCCUCCCAGAGAGGAAGAGGAGGAGGAGCCCAGCAGGGGAAGACCAAAUCCUCCGGGCUGGCCCGGAGACUAAGGGAGGCUGCCCUGCUGGCCCUGGGCAGGGGCAGCCAGCCGUCUGGGACCCGCUGACCGGUCCCCAAGACUCAGACGCCCACUUGAAUAAGAGACCCCGCCACUCUUCUGAGAGCUCCCCAGAGCGCUCCACCACGGCUGGCAUCCCUGUGCCCGUCCGCAACGCCAUUAGCAGCUCCUACAGCUCCACUGGCGGCCUGUUGUGGCCGAGGAAGCGGGGCCGGCCCACGAUGAGUGCCUUCUGCGGGCCGGCCGCCUCCUGCUCCAAAAUACCAGAGAGGCCAGCAAAGGUGACUGGGGAGGAGGCGCUGGGGCCUCGCUCCAGUACCUCACCUCCCUUGGUGACGGACAGCGAGUCCCAGAGAGGAAGAGCGGUAGGUGCAGCCGCGGAGAAACCAGGCUUGCGGAAUUCCUCGCCUACACCUGGCGGCUCCUGGCCACAUAAAAGGAAGUUUGCUGAGCAGCUUUCCGGGGGAGGGGACCUGGGCACUCUGCCUCCCGCGCCCCGGCUGGGCUAUCCUGUCACUCUGGAAGAUGGUGACAUGGCAACGAAAGGUUCAUCUCGGUGGCUUAACCAGUUUGUGGAGCACAGGAUGGAUGCUGCCCAAGAGUCUGCCCCCGGGAGCCCACCCCGCACUCAGCCUCCCAGCGCGCUCCCGCUGCCCGCAGCCAGCACUGCGCCCUCAUCAGCUGCCUUCUGGGGCCCGAUAAAGAGGCAGACUGCUCUGCGGUUUCCAGCCUUCCCAGAAUAUGCUGGAGUAGCAGCGACGGUGGCCCCUUCGCCUGCGAAGAUAGCCCGCCUAAUGGGCCCUGUUGACUCUUCACGGCCACAGCGUCUUCCCGCCAACUCUUUAGAUCUCAAGCUUGUAGCCCCUUUUGUGGGGCUGAUCCCUGUUCCUGCUAUGAAACUGGCCAGUGACACCAAGUCCCUGCCAUCCCUCCGGGCUGAGACAUCUGUCAAAGUCCCGAUGCCACAGGGCCUGCUCACUACCCCCUUGCCAUGGAUGCUGCUGGACAAGCCGGGCAGCCCACCUCCUCACGCUGUCCUUCCUGGUGCUGCUGCUGCUGCUGAGAACUUGACAUCCCCCAUGUUCAAGACCAUGUGUAUAGCCUCAUCUGGAAGUGAGAGUGCAGGCCCUUUGCCAUCUGGCCCCAUACUCACAACUCCGGCAUCUUCCAGCAUCACCAUCCCCACGACGACCUGUACUUUCACUCUAAGUGUAAAGCCUGCCUUUGCCAGCACAGGGUCUGCUGCACCUGUGCCCUUGGCCAAGCACUUCUCCUUCAAGCUGAACCCUGCAUCAGCCACCGCUCCAGCUUCAACUACCCCUGUCUUCACUAGCCAGGCUCCUGCCACCUGCACAGAGGCCUCUGCCACAACUACAAGUACGAGUGAAGAUUCAUUUUGGCUUUGGUGUCAGCGAUGUGACCAGCCUCCUGAGAAAAGCAUUGUACCCUGGACCCCAAAAUCAGCCUCUUUGGAAGAAGUAUGAAUGCAGGUGUCUAAGACAAAAAAUUAAAAUUUUUCACGAAACUUUA